GGCUUCCUUCCGAGUUGUCGCCUAGGCAUCGAGCACUGUGCAGAAGAAGAAUUCAGGCUUCUUUGGACCACCAUUUUACUGAUCAGGUUCUCGCAGACGCCAGGCUUCCCUCCUGCGCCUUCUGGCGCUGGUUAGAGCACGGGUAGUAGCGGUAUAAGGUAGUGCGCCAUCGAAGCGUGAAUACGGGCCCGCUUGAAUCGGAUUACAACUUGUUGGUGGGCUUCAGCAUCGAUAUGUCAAGCACCCCUGAAGCAGCAGAACAGAGUGGACCUUUCCGGGGGCGUGGGGGCAGGCAGGAUGUGAGCCGGGGUAGUUUCGCAAGCAGGCCUCAGGCAAACCGGGGGCGCGGUGGAAGGGGGGGUCCAAGCCAGCAAGGGUCUUGGAGGAGCUCUGGGGCAGGCAGGGGGGAGGAAGAAAAUAGGGGGGCAGAGCGGCGGGCAGAGGCUGAGGGUGGGGUGCUUGGAAGGCAGCCGCAGCAUUACGCGCAUGGAAGGGGGGGAGGUCGGCAGUCGGGGUUCCAGGGAUUAAAGGAUGGAAACGGACACCCUGGUGCUUAUGGUGGUGAAACUAGUUCUAGAAACACAAACAGGGGCAGAAACCCUUCAAGUUUGGACCGUCGGGAACCCUCUGACACCCAUAACCAGCACCGGAAAGACCCAGUCGAUGCCCCAACCCGCACGGAUGGCCCACAAGCCCCCCGAACUCCGAACAGGGAGGAGCGACCCCCCCACUUUUCUGGCCGAGGGAGAGGUCACACCAGGGGAGGAGGUCGGCAGUCUGAUCGGGGGGGCAGGUCUGGAGCGCAUGCUGAGGCCGCCACCUGGCGGCCGCUCGUUGGUGGGCCGGUUGAGAAGUGGAAGAAUGUACCACAGUUGGUGCAGGAACUGGAGGAGAAGCUGGCGCGCGGGGAGGUUGAGUGCAUGAUAUGCUAUGAGCAGGUCGCGCGCGCCAAGCCCGUGUGGUCCUGCUCCAGCUGCUUUGCCAUCUUCCACCUCCCCUGCAUCAAGCAGUGGGCGCGCGCCCCGUCCUCCUCCGCGGGCCCUGAACUCGCUUCUGCCAACCAACGACAAGCUGACACCUGGCGCUGCCCCGGCUGCCAAUCCCAGCAAAGCACGAGCGUAGGCAACCUCCGGUACCGCUGCUUUUGUGGGGCGCGAAAUAGUCCUCCCGACGAUCCUUACCUGACCCCCCAUUCGUGCGGGGAGCCGUGCGGUGCUUCCCUGGAUCCGAAACGGGGGGGCGAGGUGCAUUGCCCACACAGGUGUACGAUGCAGUGCCACCCAGGUCCGCACCCCCCCUGCACGGCGAUGGCGCCUCCUCAGAAGUGUUACUGCGGGAAAACGACGCAGACGAUGCGGUGCGGCGACCCGGAGCGGUCCAAGGGGCGGAGCUGCAGGGGUGUGUGUGGGAAGAGUUUGGCAUGCGGGAGGCACAAGUGUGAGAAGAAGUGUCAUGGGGGGGAGUGCGAACCGUGCGGCCAGGUGGUGGUUGGGAAGUGUUUCUGCGGGAAGAAGGAAGAGGCACUCGCGUGCGGGGAACUGAAGCAGGGGAGGCUUUCAGAUGGGCUGUUUUCUUGUCAAGGCCAGUGUGGACACCGUCUCGAUUGCGGGAAGCAUGACUGCUCGAAGGUGUGUCACGAGGGGCCCUGCGGCGGGUGUGAAUACGUCCCCGAACGGGUGUCAACGUGCCCCUGCGGGAAGAAGAGUCUGAGCCAGCUUGGGGCGGGCCAGAGGACAGAGUGCACGGAUCCAAUUCCUACGUGCGGGCAGGUCUGCGGGCGCCCGCUGCGGUGCGGCCACUUCUGCCAAGACACGUGCCACACGGGGGAGUGCUCCGCAAAGUGUACUGCGAAGGUUCGUCAGAGCUGCAGGUGCGGCGGCGAGUCGCGGACCGUCCCGUGCCACGUUGCGAACGGAUCUGGGGGCGUGUUCGUCUGCACGCGGCCGUGCGGCCGUAAGAAGAGCUGCGGCCGGCACCGCUGCUCGGAAGUUUGUUGUCCGGGGGCGGUCGGCCAUUCCGAAGCGCACCUCUGCACGCUGACCUGCGGGAAGAAGCUCCAGUGCGGACACCACACGUGCGGGGAGUUAUGUCACGCGGGGUACUGCCCCCCGUGCGUCAACAGCGGCUGGGAAGAGCUGCGGUGCGCAUGCGGGAAGACGUCGAUCCCGCCGCCGGUCCCGUGCGGCACCCCCCCGCCCGCGUGCCCGUUCCCGUGCAGCUUCGAACAGCCGUGCGGGCAUGAAGCGACGCACUUGUGUCACACCGGUUCGCCGUGCCCGCCGUGCCAAGUUCCGGUGACGAAAGACUGCGCGGGGGGCCACGUCACGCUGCGAAAUGUUCCCUGCGGUUCGAAGGAUCUGAAGUGUACGCAGCCGUGCGGCCGGCUGCGCGAGUGCGGGGUGCAUCAGUGCGCGAGGAUGUGCCACGUGGCGCCCUGCAGCGAGGUAGAAGGGUCGGACGGGGUCCGGACCGGCAUCUGGGGCCGGGAGAAGAAGCAGUCAUGCGGGCAGCCGUGCAACGCCCACCGGAGGGAGUGCGCGCACAGCUGUCAGGCGACCUGUCACCCAGGGGAGCCCUGCCCGGAGGUCGCCUGCAGAGAACCGGUCACCAUUUUCUGCUCGUGCAGCAGACUCACAGCCCAGGUUCCAUGCUGUUCGGGGGCCCCGGGGGGGCAGUCGCCGACCGAGAAAGCGGCAAUCGUGAAGCUAUCCUUUCCGCUGCAGCCGCUCCCGGGGGGAGUGUCCGUUCCGCUCGGGAAGCGCCAGCUGGCGUGCGACGAGGAGUGCCAACGGCUAGAGAAGAAACGGGUGCUCGCGUCGGCGUUCGGUGCGACCCCCCCAGGGGAGGGCGACAGCGCGGCGGCGGCGGAGGCCUUGCUGGAGAUGCUGCGGCGGGAGCCGCAGUGGUUGGCCGCCGUGGAGUCGCGGCUGCAGGCGCUGGGACAGGGCCUCAAGGGCGCCGUGCGGGCGCACGUGUUCCGGAACCUGCCCCCCGAGAGGAGAGAGAUCAUUCACCAGCUGGCGGAGCGGUGGGGCCUCGCGUCGCAGUCGGUGGGUCGGGAACCGAGGAGAGUGUUGGUCGUUUACGGGGUCGGGAAGGGGGGAAAGCAACAGGCGCCUCGGCCGCUGUCGCGUCAGCCGGUGGUCGAGGAGAGAAGCCUUUUGUUCAAUGCAGAGUUGGACCUAGACUUCGGGUGCGUGCUGGAGUUUCGGGACUUGGCGCGGGAGACGAACCUCGCGUCGGCGCUACUGCGCUUCGCAGGCGAGUGCGAGCUUCUGUGGCUCAACGACCGGAACGCGCUGGUGAUUUUCGGAGACGCAGGGCGGGCCGGGACGGCGCUCCGUUACUUGGACCAUGCGACGGCGUACCGGGGGGCGGUCGCGCCUCCGGCGGUGACGAAACCGACCCCCCGGGGAGCGGAUGGGGGGGCGAAAGUUGCCCGGCGAAGGGGGCAGGUGGAGAAUUGGCACGACGACGCGUGGGGGGAGGACGAGGGCGCAGGGGGGGUGGGGAAAGCGAAGGCCGCGCCCGGGGCGUGGAAAGCGCGCGGCGAGGGGUUCAAGUUGAAGCAGGAGAACCUGUGGGAUGCGCUCGGGGGAGAAGAGACCGGGGCGGCGAAUAUGAGAGCUUCGGCUGCGAAGGCCGACGAUGGAUGGACGCAAGUGCCCGCCAAGAGCAAGAAGGGGGGCGCAAAAGGGGGGCCGGUGAGUGAGGAUUCGGGGGACAGCUUUAUUGGGAGUGAGAGGGGGGUUUCCGCAGGAGCGCCGGGAGCGCAAAGGCCGCCGGAAAUGCAGACCCCGCCGAAGGUGAUUGAUAAAGGGCAGGACAUCGACGACUGGGAGCAGAUGCUCGACUGAGGGUAGGAGAUAAGCUUGGGCAAGUGAGCACCGAACGGUCCGAACUUCGCAAGAUUGAAAAGCUGCUGGCAUGUGAACGUCACACGAAGUGCGAGAACCUUCUGGCUUGUCCUUUUCGUAUACGUCCUCGAUUCAACAGAUGCGAUGGUACCCGGCCCGGG